UUUACAUAGUAUUUUUUUACACAUUUAAAAAGUACUCCACUCUUUUACCGUGGCAUGUACCGUUCUUAUUCUUUUACCGACGUCAUCUUAUGCCGGGAAUAAUACAUCCUUCAUAUCGCUACUACGUGCAACAAACCGAAAUAUCCAGAUGUUCCGGAUAUGUUCCGGAAGCCCUCGAUGCCAUUAUUCUGCCUACCUACAGCGGUAGUCCCUGGGCCUAUCACUGGACCUGUGCCCGCACCUAUGUCCGUACCUAUGCCUGGACCUGCGUCUGGACUUAUGCCCGGAUCUACAACCAGCAUGCAGACUAGCUCGCAUACGCGAAAACAGCAAACGGACAAACCGUAUACAUGCUCCGAAUGCGGCCAGGGAUUAUCUUACAUUUUUACUCUAAAUCGCCAUCGCAAGACUACCUGCGGUAAAGUACGCAACACUAACGGUGAAUGGAAAUGCAAAGAUUGCCCUAGAUCGUACCAGACCAAGGGCAAUCUGAAGCGUCACAAAAAAUAUGGAUGCGGUGUACCACGACAGUUCUACUGCGUAUUCUGCGGUGGAACCUUCACCCAGCGCUGCAGUCUAUAUCGGCACCUGAAGAACCAACACGAACAAAACGAUGAUAGAUUGAUGCAGAGAGAAUUAGAUCAAGACUCUGGAAUAUAUUCAUCCGCAGAAUCACUUCAUUCGUCAAACUAGAGCAACAUCAGCACUACUUCAGAGUAAAUAUCGAUUUGUUCAGGCAAUGAUCGCGCAUAUUAGUAGUGGUGCACAUGUUAGAGGACAAAAUCACAUGAUUUCUAUUCUUGCCAAGAAAAUCGCAGAGUUAACAUGGAACGACAAUAAAUCGUGACGAGGAAUGAGCAUCAGUGGUUCCUAAAAAUUAUUAAAAGACUCAUUUCGAAAAUGGAAGAUUUUUUAAUGUAAGGAGAGACGAGAGAGAAGUGCGCGACAAAUUAUGCAGAUCUUCGAUAACUUGUAAGACUUUCUCUGGGAAGUCAUUGAAAGUGAAAAAUCAGUCGCGUCGCGUACAAAAAUACGUAUAUUAGAUAAUUAAGAAUAUCGGAAGAUAACAAAAGUGCUACUUCAGACUAAGCAAUAGUUCCUUGGCAAAACAAAAAACCUAUUGAGAAAAUGAGCUUUAAGAUUAGGAAUUGACAUUUUUUUGUUGUUUAAACAGAAAGUGAGAUUUUUGGACAGUUUCAAGAAACAUAAAAGAAUUCUUUAUGAAAAUUGUUCUGUCACGUAAGUGCGCGCGUCUCAUGCUUAGUGAUAAGAAAGUUUGUUUUGAAUUAUUGCAAUCGAAUGUAAUUAGUUUAAUGUAAUUAGUUUUUAAGAAUAGUCGAAAGAAUUCGCUUUCAAACUUUUAAGAAUAUUCUUUUUAUUAGAGACAAGAGUUUAGAGGUUGAUUUAAGAGGAGAAAAAUAUAAACUGUUUAAAAACUUAGUCCUAGAAUAAUAAAAAUUAUAUUCUUUAUUAUAAAAGUAUAAUAUAUGCACUUUGAAUCUAUUUAAUUUUUAGAAUAAAGUGCAUAUGACAGUAAGACGCAAAAUUAAAAAAAAACUUGGAGUGAAAAUCUCUAUAUAUAUAAUUUAUUUAAUUUAAUUAAUCUACUUAAUUGACUAUCGUAUUAGAAUUAGUACAUGAUUUUCGAUCGUAUUAUGGAAAUUAUAUUAAAUUUAUAAUUUAUAAAAUUAUAUCUCAAUUUUAUUGUAAUUGAAAAUAUUUGGGUCAGUUUUGUUUAGAUUUUAUUUUAUUACGAUUUUGUACGCAUCAAUAUGUGAUAAAUAUAUAAUAUGAUUAUUUAACAGAAGCAUUAAGAUGUCGCAAUGAAAUUCGCAUGAGUAUGCAGAGAUUUCAUUCCUUGAUGAACCAACGAGACAUUAACGAUUGCGUAUUGAUAAACCUGAAGGUAGAUCGUAUCUUUUGAAAUCGAGAUAAUUUCUGACACUUCUGAACUCUUGAUAUUCGUGUUAAGACAGAAAUAACAUAUGUAAUAUUUAGAUAAAGAUUAAGGCUGUCUGCGACCUCUUUUUGUGGUAUUAUGCUGCAAGCGACUUGUAGGUAAAAUCGGUAAAAAAAAACAGAAAGGAAAGAGGAUGGCAAGAUUGAUUACAUCGAGAGGACAAAAAGAUAGUGUCGCAGAAUCUAAACAAUUAUUAUUUACGUGCUCUUUUCUUGAGUGUCUUACAGUUGUUUGUAACGCGCACAUAUGCGCUUACUACGCGCGCGCGCGUGUGUGUGUGUGUGAUGCAUUGCAGCUUAUUAGCAUAAACUUAAUAGUUUCAUUAAGUUUUUGGAAUGUUGUUGAAAAGCGAUGAGUUAAACAUCUAUCGCCUUAGACAGGUUUGACGUUUUGCGUUUUGUCCGCUUUCUCAUUGUUUUACGCGUGUAACACAGAUACGCUUCAAGAAUCUUCGAAUUGCGAAGUAUCCUGUGUGAAUCUGAGUUUGAGUUGUAACGACGCGGGACUACAACUCCCAUGUCAUCCAUUAUAUCACUAUAAGAUGGCAUAAAACUAGAAUAUGCGUUUUUCUCUUUAUGUCGUUACUUAAGUAUAUUGAUGUUAUGCGCCAAUAAUAAUGACUUGAAGCACCUUUUUCAUCACUAUAUAUUUCACUGAUACAACGGAAGGGAUUAAACUAGGAUAAUACACAAUGGUGCACUUACGAGACUUUUAUAACAUAUUAGCGCGUUACGAUUCGAAUUAAACGAAUUAAAUGGUUAUAUUGGGAUUAAAUGUCGUACACCGUGAUUGACCAAUGUCAAAAGUAUGAAUUUAUAUAUAAGUAUACGUGUGUUUACUCUCUAUUCGAGACUGCUAAUGUAAUUAAUUUUCGUACGUCUACGACGAAUCGGAAAUUAUUGGCGUUUUUCGAAUCUCGGCUGUGAAGAUCAUUAUUCGAAAAUUGUUGAUCGAUUUUCAAUUUUUUUGUUAUUAGAUCAAGAAGUCUUGCAUAAGCAGAAAAUUAUUCUUAUUGACGUACGUAUUUGUAACACAAACAUUUUAUCGAAAAAUUGAUGAUGAAAAAAAAGACUUAUAAGUAGAAGAAGAAUAUAUAAAAACACGCUCAUAAGACAAUCGUCGCGUUUGUAUAUGGAUCUGAGUUCGUUUGCAUCAAUCGAUAUAUUAUAUAUGUUACAAACAUAUGUAUAUCUUGCGAAGUAAAAGGGAGCACAACUUAUGAUGGAAUAUAUUUUGUUGUUCUGUAAAAUAUUACGCAUAAUAAAGUCGUACAAUUUACACA